AUGGUUUGGCUUGUCCACCUCGCUACUGCUCAAGCCACUGGUGCAGGGAUCGCUUCAGGUCAGAAGGAGACAAAGACAAUCAUGCUUGGACUUCACAUCUACAUGGGCGACAUCGCUUUUCAACAGAUCUGUAUAUCCGUCUGCCUGGCAAUGGUCAUUCAAUUCCGUCUUCAAGUUCCAAGACAAGCUCAAAGCCAGCAGCGUGCUAGAGCUCUCGCACUGGUAUACGUGCAGUACGCCGUCAUGCUGCUGAUCACAACCCGAAUCGUAUUCCGCCUCAUCGAAUAUUCCGCCGGAACGGUUCCGAACCAUGAGGCCUACCAAUAUGUUUUCGACUCGGUCCCGAUGAUGAUCGCUGGCAUUCUGGCGGAAAGACUCCUGGCAAAGAGGCGAGAUUUCCAAGUAGAAAGACUAGAAAGACACUGA